AACAACAGAAACAAAGGCAACUUGGAGUCAAAUACAAAAUGAAAGGACAUUAAACAUGAACGAGCAUUGGUGGGACAAAGUAAACGCCAGGAUUAAAACGGCUCUUUCACUCGCUCCGGGUCGCCCUCUGUACAUUUCCAUGACCACACACACAGAUACACACUGGCACAGACAAUUGUGGGCAUACAGACAGAGAGACAGCGAGGCAUGGCCAUGCCACCAAACGCUUCCCCAAUUGGAUUCAGCCUCAAUGCCGCCACUUAAGCAGCGCUACCAUUUCACUGAUUUCAUUUCGAGCACAUUGAGCGCGCCAGGCGGUCGCCCCCGAGAUGAGGUCUUUCCCGUCGCCGCCUUACAAACCCGCCCGAACGCUGAGUAUGCAGAAGCGAAGGAGGAGGACCUUGAGAUGCAACUAAUUCGCAGCUCGCUUAAUUCUGCUCCGGCUGUUGUCUUUGGGGGUCUGGGCCAGGUCCAGGCCAGGACAAGCCGAGGACAGGUAUAAUUUGUUAACGCUCUAAUGGCCCGGCCACUUUGAAUGGCUUUUAAAGCCCCACAAAGGCGAGGCGAGGCACACUGUAAAGUGAGCUGAAAAACAAUUAAGGCAGCCGGCUGCCCGCUGCCUCGCUGCCCCGCCGACCUGUCGACCCAUCAACCCUCCACAUUAACAUCAAAUUAGUUUGUGGAUUAACACGUUUUUCACAUGCCGGUGGCCGAAGAAGGUAUGGGACCGUUGGGAUUGUGUGUGUGUGUCCCAAGCAAGUGAGGCACCCAAGCUUCAUUACGCAUACGCGACGAUGGCUGGUGCGGCAGGGAGUGGAGUGGAACGGGAUCUUAGCUCUUUAGUUUGCCCCCAUACCUUCCCGUGUGCACUGAGGCAUGUGAAAGGCUUACAUAUACUAAUUAUACUCCUGGCUUGCUCUUAUUUUAGGGGGCAUAGUUAAAAAUACUUUAAGGUUUAUUAUUAACAAGUGCCACAACUAUA